CAGAAAUUGAAAAUGAAUAAAUAUAUCGACAGGAGCAAAACUAAAAAUCACUCUCACAGUCGUCUUCUUCUUCUUCAAAAAUGGCGCUUGAAUUCCACUAUGCAAACACGUUAUCACUCCGUUUAAUUCCAAAAUCGCCAUUACUGAAUUCAGGAACCUUUGCUUUUAGACAUCAAAAGCUACGGAAAAAAUCUUUUCGAAGUCGGAAAAAUCUCCAUGUUCAUCGCUCGUCUCUAGUCGGUGAGCAGCAGAAGGUUUCAUUCACGGAACCUGAAACUCAGCUCAUUGAAGCUCUUAUCGGAAUUCAAGGCCGCGGCAGAUCGGCUUCUCCUCAGCAACUCAAUGAUGUUGAGCGUGCUGUUAAGGUUUUAGAAGAUUUGCAAGGAGUGGUAAAUCCUACAGACUCUAGUCUAAUUGAGGGUAGGUGGCAACUGAUGUUCACUACAAGACCAGGAACAGCAUCUUCCAUUCAGAGAACAUUUGUGGGGGUGGACUUUUUUAGUGUAUUUCAAGAAGUGUUCCUCCGAACGAAUGAUCCUCGAGUGUCUAACAUUGUAAAGUUUUCCAAUACUGUUGGUGAGCUGAAAGUAGAGGCAGCCGCAUCAAUUAAGGAUGGGAAACGGAUUCUUUUCCAAUUUGAUAGAGCAUCGUUUUCUUUCAAAUUUUUACCUUUUAAGGUUCCAUAUCCAGUGCCAUUUAGGCUUCUUGGUGAUGAGGCAAAGGGCUGGUUAGAUACUACAUAUUUGUCCCCCUCAGGAAACCUACGAAUCUCACGAGGAAAUAAGGGAACCACAUUUGUGCUGCAAAAGGCAAGUGAACCAAGGCAAAGACUGUUGACAGCAAUUUCGACAGGAGCAGGAGUUGAAGAGGCAAUUGGUGAGUUCAUAUCACUUCGAAGUGAAAGCGGCAAUGAGGAACCAAAGCUAUUAGAGGGAGAAUGGCAGAUGAUAUGGAGUUCACAGACAGAGACAGACAGUUGGAUAGAGAAUGCUGGUAAUGGUCUUAUGGGAUUGCAGAUUGUCAAGGACAACGGACAGCUGAAGUUUGUAGUCAACAUCUUACCAGGGAUAAGAUUCUCAAUGAUUGGCAAGUUUGUGAAAUCUGGAGCGACAACCUAUGAGCUUACAAUGGAUGACGCAGCGAUAAUCGUGGGUCCAUUCGGAUACGAAAUUGAAAUGGAAACCAAGAUUAAGCUGGAGCUUCUGUACAGUGAUGAGAAGAUACGAAUUAGUCGUGGCUAUAAUAAUAUCUUGUUUGUGCACCUACGGACAGAUGGGUCAGGGAAAUAGAAAUCCAAUCUUUUUUAAGCACUCUCUCUUCUUCUUUGGAUGUAUAAUGUUGUAGCUAAUGCUAAAUGCGUUCUUGCUGUGAA